AACACCAUCCACCAGCGCGCCCAUCUGCAUCUGCGCCGUCUCUCACAGCGGCACACGGGCGCUGGCAGCCUCGCGUCUCGGCUUCCGCGCGCUUCUCCGUCUUGCCACGGCGCCAUGAGCGGCACGGCAGCGCGUCCGGCGCUGCGCAGCAAGCUCGCCGUCUCGCUCGACGCGCUCCUGGCCGGCGACGAGCCGUGGGCGAGCAGCAGCGGCAGCCAUGGCGGCCCGGCCUCGGCGCAGCCCUCGCCCUCGAAGCGCGGCGGCAAGUCGGCCGCGGCGCCGCGCGCGCGCUUCUACGCCGACCUGCUCUGCCUGCCGUGCGACGCGGCGCUCGUGCGCGACGCGCUCGGCGCCGUUUCCAGCGCCACGCUGCUGGCGCCCGAGGGCACCAAGGGCGCAAGGAUCAGGGAGAAUGUGGGCAGUCUGUGGAGAGAGGCCGGACGCGUGUGGCGCGAGGAGGAUGCGGUGCGGAUGGGCAAUGCCGUCGAGAUGCUCUUCGCCAUCUCCUCCUCCAUCCUCUCCAAGCGUCUCCCGCAGUAUGCCUCGGACAUCAUCUCCAUUCUCGCAGGUGGCAUGGACGAGGCCGACCUCGAGUUCUCCCUGCUCGUCGCCGCAAUCGACGAGGCGCUGCGUGCGCCUCUCUCGCACAGUGCCUCUACUGCACCUCGCACUGCAGAAGCAGGAGCAGUGACGCCGGCGCUGCAACGACGAGUGCUGCAACUGGCGCUCGUGUGGGUCUCGCAUGUCGGGCCUACUCCCCUCGCCGCCUAUUUUGCCGCGCGCCGAGAUCUCUGGAGCACCGCUGCUGCCCUUCUCGCGCGCUCGUUCGGCAACGUGCAAGUGGCCUCCGAGGCUGCUCAGCUGCUCGGCUUGCUCUCUGCAUUGGGUCCUUCAGGGCCAGCUUCUACUGCUCAUGCCUACGCGCGAAGGAUGCGCGAUUGGCGAGACACGCAAAGCAUGGGCUUGCUGCGUGACGCGAGCGCAUCCCGGCUGGGCGAGGCGCUGACGAGCUACGUGGAGCGCCUGGACGAUGCGCCGCCGACGCUUGCCACGAUGCUGGCGGGCGCCGCAAACUUUAAGUGGCUCGCCGAAUCGCUGCCCGGCAGUACGAGCGCGAAGGAGCGAGAGAAAGCAAAGGGCGAGCUUGCGGGGGGUGACUUUGCUGAUCUACCUCCGCCAUCCGUUGCCAUUCUUCUCUCGCUCUUCCUCUUCGCGCGCUCCAAUCCCAUCUUCAUCGGCCGGCUGUUGGAUCGGGCAUCGCUCGAUGCUUCUACCGACGGCAACGGCGCCAAGCUGGAUCCAGCACAAACCUUCUCCGUCACAUUCCUCUCCCUUUCCUCCUAUCUCGCCUCCCACGGCAGUUCUACAUUCACCUCUCGCUCCUACGCUCGUCUCACGCUGCUCCUCCUCACCACUAUGCUCUCCGACGCCGACGGCGCACGCGCCAUGCUCGAUGAACGACCCGACGAGGCGCGACUCGUGCGGGUCUGUCGACAGAAACCGCCGCCGUUGCCGGUGUCGAGCACCAAGCGUGUGCGCUUGGUCUCCUCGGUCAUCGACACGGCCACGCUGUUCCUGCGGCACAAUCUGUCGCGACGCCUCGACGCUACUGGCCAUCUCCUCUCCCUGCGCCUUGUUCGCGCUGCGGUCCAGAGCUGCUCGGACGCCAAAGUCCGCCUGGAGCACGAGUGGAUCGAGACGUGGCGUGCUGUGCUCGCCCUCGCUUCGUUCGUGGCGUCGCGUCAUGCAGAGAUUCGGGCGACGGACUGUGAGGAGCUGGUGCGCGCCAUCAUGGCGACGCUCGGCCUCGCGCUGGCUCGCUCAGACGAAUACUUGGCAUCGCCAAAGGCAGCGCACGAGCUGACGUACGAGAUUGUGCGGGCGGGACACACGCUUCGACGCCUGGUGCAACUGCUGCUCCCUUCUGCCCCUUCGGGACCCGACAGUCUUGCCAGCAGCGGCACUCGUUCUCCUCUGGCCUCGGCGCCAGCAUCGCGCUCGGCGUCAGGCAUGACGUCUCCCAGUCUUCUCUCCGACGCCAGCUUUCUGCCUCUCCCGCCCAAGCUCUACGCAAGCGUGCCUGGCUGGCGCACCACAGAGCGCGUCAUCGCCGCCGUCGAGGCGAAAGUCGACGAAUGGGCAGAGAGCCGCAAGACAGGCAGCUACUUUGCCUUUGCUCGCAGCGCCACCACUGCCGCCGUCACGCCCGCGAGCACGGGCGACUCGACGCCCACUUCCGCAGCAUCAGGGCGCUCCACGCCCUCGGUGCACGCCGACUCGGGCACCAUUCUGCGGCUCAUCGCCAGCAUCGACGCAGAAACGCUCCUGGCCGGCGCGGAACGACAGAUGGACGCAUCCAGCGGCGGAGCGACAGCAGAUGGAGAUGCCUGGCUCGACGCCACGGCCGAUGCUUGCCUCGCUGAGUCGCUCAGACUGGCGGGUGAGGAUGUGAGGGCGCAGAUCUUUGGCAUGACGAGGCAAUGAAAGGACUGCGUCACAGGCUCUCUCUGAUGCCCUUGCAUCGGCAAGUCACACUGCGCCGGAUGUCCGGUCCGACGUCGGGUGUCGGUCCAGGCUGAGGGCUGUGCCCCUCGCUGUCGAACGAUGUCGCUAGUGUGGGAGCAGCACUGCUGUUGGCGUCCGAGAGUGCAGCCUCGGCAGAGCCGCGCGCAUGCUGUGCCCGCUCCCGUUUCUUGCUGCCCACGUCGCUGCGUCCACGGAAAGCACUCCUUUCCGCUUCAAGGGGUGCUGCGAAUUUUCGAGGCUGCUGCCCGGCGCCGGCGACGAAGUGAUGCGGCGGAGGUGCGCCCGUGGGCUCGACCCGCCUCAAGGGUCAGAAGCAAGCUCAGCACUGACCCCCAGGCGCCACGUGGCAGGCUCGUCCGAGCAGCGCAUCUCCGCCAGCGACCCUCGGGCCAGAGCGAAGGGUGCA